CAGUGGGUGUCUGGGCCCUGGGUAUGGAAAAAGUCAACAUAUUUUAUUAUAUGUCUCUUAUUCUGGGCCUCCCCUAGCUCCCUGUCCUUACCCAGCCCUGUCCCACAGCUUGAGGCGAGCAGGGUACAAGCUCCAUAGGGAUAGAAUGUGGGAGACACAGCACAGUGAGAGAGAACUGGGUGUAACUGCAGGAGUAACAUCAGUCUCCUGACAUCACUCAUACAUGUUUCUGCUCUUUAUAUAUUAUAAUGGUUUCACUGAAGCAGAGGCAUAGAGUUCAUCAUCACCUGUGUUUAGGGUUGCCACCUUUUCCUUAAAAAAAACACCGGCCUUUCCUAUAAAUUUAUCUUUUUUCCCUAUUAAUAACAUUGGAAUCAACCAUCAUAUUUACUGGCCAGAUGGCAACCCUAUCUGUGGGCAAAUAAUUCCUACCAUAGGAUAUUGUGUUCAGUGGAGGUCCAGACGAUGUAUAGCCAUGAUAUAUAGUACUUAAACCAGUGAUUUUAGGCCCUUCUUUUAUUGGAUAAUGAGAAACAACUGAUAAAAAUAUUAUGGUAUCCACAAUGCCUGGAAGUGAGAGCGUCCAGCUAGAUUUUCCCCAUUACAGCUCUAUACUAUUAGAUACCUUGAACAAGCAGCGUUUGGAGGGAAAGUUCUGUGAUUUGUCGGUUCAGGUUCAAAGUCAAGUUUUUCGAGCUCAUAAAACAGUUUUAGCAGCUUCAUCUCCAUAUUUUCAUGACAAGCUACUUCUAAAUGACACCAGCUGCUUAGUGCUUCCAAAUGUCAUCCAACCAAGUGCCUUUGAGAACCUUUUGCAGCUUAUUUACUCUGGCCGGCUGUGCUUGGAAAUGGAGGCUUUGCCUUCCCAUCUUCUGGUGGCCAGUGGCUUGCAAAUGUGGCAGGUUGUAGAUCGAUGCUCUGAGCUUCUAAAAGAGAGAGAAAUGCAUCAUCCACAGGCUUGGUCUAGCUGUGCAAGUGAAAGUCAGUCACCCAGUAGCAGUUUCCAGCCCCCACGUGAUGAUCCCCUACCUCCAUCAGUCUCUUUACCAGUAUCUCUCGGCUGCUCUGAUGAUGAAGAGGUGAUAAAGGUUCGUGUGUCAGAAGAAGAAGAGGAGGAGGAAGAAGAAGAUGACAUUCAGAAUGGAGCAAAUAUUCUAGAAGAGUCUACUUCAGGUAACUGCUCUUAUGCCCUUCCUUCCUCCUCAUCCCCAGCAAGUCCAAAAGUAUAUUACAUUAAACAAGAGCGACCAGAGCAAGAUAGUGGUUACUUAAAGACAUUUGGCAUGACAGAGAUGCAGGCUGAUUAUUCCUCGGAACUGAGCUUUGUUCUUCCUCCUACGUCAUCAUCUUCUGAUGUUUCUCUCUGCUUGCCUCGUAAAAUACAUGGUGUGUCCGAUUCCGAGUCCUUUACUCUUUCAAAACCUGUGGACCUUCAUGGUAAUGAGAUCAUUUCCCAUGCCCUUCAGGCCCAAACUGUUCAUGCUCCACUUAAACUUGUUGCAGCCCCUGAUGGAAAGAAAUUUGGCUGCUUGUGUGGCAAACGCUUUGCGGUAAAGCCCAAACGGGACCGGCACAUCAUGCUGACCUUUAGUCUUAGGCCAUUUGGUUGUUCUGUCUGCAAUAAGAAGUUCAAACUCAAGCAUCAUCUUACUGAGCACAUGAAGACUCAUGGAGGAAACCUGUAUUCAUGUGAAGACUGUGGGCGUAAAUUUAGGGUACAGAGCUGUUUCCAAAAACACAAGGAGGUGUGUAAAGGACAGAGGUGGGCAGGGGCAUGUUGGACCUAUAAAUAAAAUUGAUUUCUAAUGGACCCUUCUGAAUUGUAGUCUGAGUCAUCCAAAGCAGACAGUAUGCUGGGUUUCACUGCAUUGAAAUGUAUAUCCAGGAGCAUGCACUAGCUAGUCACUUGGCCACAAAAACGUAAACAUUUUAACAUUUACAACAAGGAAACUCUGACUCAACAACUUUUCUCCUUUUGCAACAUUUUGAGCUGCUUCUUAAAACUCAAUGGCUGUUGCAUGAGAAGUGUUUAGUAGAGUCCGAGCAGUUCAGAUCCAGCCAGAAUUGGGUGAUACAUUCACCACUGCAAAUAUAAGAUAGAAAAGUUUCUGUUAUGUGUUGAAAAAGGAAUCUUUUGGCAAUCAGUGUCUGAAGCUGCAUUUCAACUGACUUUGACUGUACUGUUGCAUUGUUGCCUAUGACUGGACUCCAGAUCUGACCUGCAACAUUCUCUAUAUUUUUUAAAGUACAUGGACAAUGCUAGAACCUCCUUGUAAAGGUUAUUGCAGUUGCCGCAGGCAUAGAUUGGUUAUAUUUGCACGAAACAUGUAGGCAGGAAAGCAUGACCAGCUGAAGUUAGAAUGUAAACAACUUUUACAUAUCUACAAUCAUGUAUAUUUGUGAGUAUAUAUCUGUACAUGUGUAAAGGCUUGUCAUACAAAACAUAGAUAGCUAGAACCACUGAAUGCCUACAACAGUACUAAUGUUUGUUCCUGUGGGGGAGUAGUCAUUUUUUGCUAUAGGUACGGGAAAAGGCUUCUUGUUACUAGAGAGGUAGACCAAUAACUGUGAUGAGCAGUGUCUUUAUGGGGACUUAAUCCUGAUACUUAGGAAAUAUUAUUUACUUUAAGCUAUCAUAGUUUGUGUCAGGAACCUGAAGAGCUCCUUCAGCAUAUAUGUCUGUAGUGCUAGUUAUUGUCAGGUGAGGCCAACCCCCAAUUGGGAUGAAUAGUAAUACUGAUUGCUAUUGAUGGGAAGAUCAGUAGUUCCUUUUUUUUAUUUGAAAUGCAACAUUUUACUGCUGGUAACCAUAAUGUUGGUACAGUAAAUCGGUAAGACUGAAUAUUGCAUACAUAAAUGAUUAGGCAUAACAUUUUCUGUAUUGGCAAAUACGCUAGACUUUAGCAGCACCAGGAGGGAUUUUUAUUAAUAGGGCACAAUCAUAAUUUAGGAUAUUGUAUGAUACAGUUACUUGUAGCACUACAUUAACCAGUGCAGUUCUGCAUGCAGAUUGCUGAGAGUGUGUCACAGGGAAAUAAGUGCAGUAUACCAGUAUGUCAGUGCCUUCCGAAUAGGCAUAAGGAAGGUGCUCUUUAUGUUGGCAUGAACAGCACCACUGCUUGUACGACAUUUAAAAAAGUAUUCAACUGAUUUUUAGCAUAGAGCAAAGUCACAGAAAAAUGCCAAGUCCCAUUUUCCCAAAGGACUAACCAAAGUAAAUAAAUCUACAGUAGUUAUUAAAAAAUAUAUCUUUGCAUUUAGCCAAUUGAAAUAUUAAUAUAUGAAUGUAAAUGUACAUUUCUAUUGAAGACUUCCUUAGCAUGCAUAGAAAUGUUAAUGACCCUAUUGAUAGAAUAUUGGCUAUAACCACACAAGUGGUAAAAUUGUAAGCUUAACAUUCUAUUACUUUCAAAAUAUGAGCAGCCGUAACCAACAGUCUUGGAUGAUUGCUUUCUGUGAGUAUUUGGCCAAAAAGAAAAGCAAGUUUAUGAAGUCUAGGUGCUCAUCCACUUGUGUGUCCAGGCCUUCAGACAUGUUUGCCUGGUGCGCUGGUUGAUCUGUUUGUUUUCGUCAGGGCCGUCCCUAUAACAAAACAGACAUUUUUAUCACUUCUACACUAUGUCUGUCAUUGCCCUUAAUUCUAGGAUAUCAUUCUGGACUUAGUUUCUUGUUGUAGCAUCUGACUUUCAAUCCGGUAACACCCAAGGCAGAAACUGUUGAGAAACAUAGUUAGAUGUUGUUUUGCACAAUGUUGCAUCAGUGGUAGAAUCAGAGCACACAGCAACAGCUAUGACAUAUUUUACUGGUGAUGUGUAGCUGCUCUAUAAUGAAUAUAGAAAUGUUGAUGUGUUGGGAAAGUCUCCUUUUAUCAGCUUGCCAUAUGAGAUAAGGGUGUGGGGCUGCACUUGAGACCAGAAAGAUUCACUGGCACACAAAGGCUGGUGCAAGCAGGGACAGGCCCGUGCUUGUUUAUUUGCAGAUAAACACUUAAUACCCAGCUUCCAUGGCUAUAUGUAGAAGGCACUAUCCAUAUCAUACUGAGAGCCAUAAUCCAGCCAGGAAUCCAGGUAAGGGUAGGUAUUCGUAGAAACCCACAACUAGGCAAAUAAAGGAAAAAGCAGAUAUCACGGGAAGAUAAAACAAGCUAAAGCUUUAUGCAUUCUGUGCGUUAGGGCACUAAAUUAUUCAUAUGCUUCUGCAUGUGUUGCUCACUUAGUAUUAGGACAAAUUUGGGUUUUGAGAAGCUUGUCAUUGUUUUACUUUCCCUUUAACCUCUAUUGCAAGACCAUCCGUCUGAAGGCCCAUUGGCUGGAUGUUCAUGUAAGAGAGAAAAGCACUGGUCAUACAAUGAUGAUAAUAAAUUGUCAGCAAUUGUCAAAUGUCCUCCUGAGUGGUUAAUAGCAGUAUCAGUCAAAAUGAUGCCAAUCAUCCUGUUUUUCUUGUCUGAUUUUGAGACAUAUACAUCAUCUAAAACUCUCUCUGGAAUAAACAAUAAAAAACUA